GAAGUUAAAGGCAAGAAUGUAAAGUGACUUUUUGGGGUUGCCACCGUGGCCAUCGUUGCGGUCAAUGGGGCUGUGUGGGGCUUAAGGUGUAGCGACCCAGGCCUUUCUGGCCUCCUCCAAUGCCGCCACAGACUCGCACAACACAACACCCUCUGGCAGACAGAAACUCACGCCCACAGACGGGGGCAUUACAUUUCCGGUUUGGGCCACUUGCGGAAGUUCCGCCUUAAAUUAAAUGCUCAGGGCUGAAAUUAUGACAGUUCCCGAAUGGGUGGGAACCAUUUGUAUAAAUACGCUCGUCGGGAAUGGAGUGCCAUCAAAUCGUCAGCAAAUUGACCAGCGAACAUGUGGAAAGGACUGCGUUGCACUCUACUGUGCCUGGCUGUGGUCCAGGCGGCUGUUAUCCGUCCCGGAGGGGAUUCGGAGGUUCCGGAAACCACAACUAGUGCGGUUAUCCGGGAUCAAGAGGGUGAUGUCACCACUGAAGAGUCCACAACUUUGGCGGGUCCUGCUUUGAGUCGCGACGAGGAGGCCAGCAUACUGAUAGAUCCUGCCCCGGGCACUUUACAUGAGGAUGGCGCCAUGGUGCCAGAGAAGUCCGGGAAGCUCCUGCUGCUCAGUACAACACCCAAGCGACUCCGUGAAAUUGAGCGCCAACUGGAGGAGCAGGACGACGAGGGGAAGGACGACAACAAGGCCGAUGUGGAGAUAACUACCACUGAGCAGCCAAGGGAAGCCGCCGAGCAGAAGGAGGAGGAGGAGGUCGUCACCCCUGAAAGUUCAACCACAGAGAGCAGCACAACUGCGGACUCAACCAAACUGUUUGCAAUCGAUGCCACUCCUGCCGGAGUGGAAUCCCCACCACCGAACCUGGCCAUCUCCCUCUCCCAGGACAAUGAAAAUGCAACUCUUUCGAUUGCCGAGCAGCCGCAGGUGCCCGGCGACAAUAAUGCCGCCGUGGAGCUGGCCAUCGUGGAGCCGGAGGCCGAGUACGUGCUGGUGGAUGGCGGCCCCGAUGACCUGGACCUCCAGCUGGCCAGCUUCACGCACAUCGACAGCGAUGUCCACUUGCAGCCGGCUGUGCACUCCAUCGAAAUCGUGCCCACCAGCUUCGAUGAUCCUUUGAUUGUCAAUUACGUGCACAAUUUGCGCUGACUUUCCCAAGGAGGCGUGCCAGGACGAAUCAAUUAACCCGGUGCGGUGGCCACGCUGACUCUGUUAAAGUUUCUUAACUCGUUAUUGAUGACUUUUGUUACCUCUUGAAUAUGCUUAUCGAAUGGCCUUCUGAAUGGCCUGUUACGAAAUAAAUAAGCCCAUAUAUUAAAAAGCAUCGGAUUCCUUACAUA